CGAUUGUGUUGUCGUCAGUCAAUUAUCAAAAUCGAAUCCUCCCCAAUCAAAAGCUCUACCGCUUCACAGCAGUGCUUAAUAAAUAAAUAAAGUCAUCUGUUGAUAAAAUUCAAGUAAACCAGUAAAAAUGGCUCUGCUACCGUCUAUCUUCUGUGAACUCCUAUCCGACAUCGAGAAGCCUCUUCAUCUUCUGGAACAUCAUUUUUGCCCGAACUUGGGUAAAACUGAGGUAUUGUCUGCGACGCCCAACUGUGUUCACGUUCACUACAAACCGAAUCCACCAAAGCCAGUGGCAAAACCAGUGUGCUGCCCGCCUCCGAAACCCAUAUGUUGCCCACUUCAAACAACUUUUGAGCUCACCAUUGACAUGCAACAAUACUCAAUCAACGAAAUCCACGUUUCUACUGUCGGAAAUGUUAUCGUCGUGGAAGCGAAACACGAAGAAAAAUGCGGAGAUCAACUUGUUACCAGGGAAUUCCUCCGACGCUGCACAUUGCCUGAACAAAACGACGUAACUAAAGUUCAAGCUUGCCUAUCGGCUGAUGGAGUUUUGAAAAUUACGGCCCCGAAGAAGGCACCGUGCUGCAAACCUGGCGAAAGAAUCAUUCCGGUUUGCUGCAAAUCUUAAGUACCUAUAUGGGGAUGAAUUUAAUGAAAUAACAUGCUAUGAAUUUCCAUUUUGGUUUUUUUGGUCGUUUCAAUGUUCGACAUACGCAAUUUUCAUUUUCACGAAAUUUUCAUUCAGUUUCAUGAAACAAAGAUGCAAGGCUUCGAUGCAAUAAAUUAUGGUAAAAUUAGCGAUGUCUCAUGUGAUUCAUUUUUUUGCAGAUGAAGAAUUGUAUGAUAACUGAAUAUGUGUAUAAAUAUAAUCGACUUCAAGUAACUAUCA